AUGGCGGAGAACUCGGGAGAUAGGAUUGCCGUCGGCGCGUCCUCGGCCGUGGAUGUUGAGAAAAGCGCUCAUUCUGAUCCGACGCUCGAGAAACAUGCUCACGAUGCCGAUGAGGCGAUGAAGGCUUUUGAUGAGCUACGUGGGGAGGCUAUUGAAUUGGAUGAGGCGACAAACCGCCGACUCCUGAAGACUAUUGACUGGCAUCUUAUGCCGAUUAUGUGCUGCAUCUACGGCAUGAAUUACUUGGAUAAAACAACUCUUUCGUAUGCGAGCGUGAUGGGAAUUAAGGAGGACUUGAACCUUGUCAAUGAUCAGUACCAGUGGCUGGGCAGUCUUUUCUACUUUGGUUAUCUGGCAUUUGAGUACCCGACCAACCGCCUGCUUCAGCGUUUGCCAUUGGGCAAAUACUCCGCCUUCUGUAUCUUGAUGUGGGGUCUCGUACUGAGCUGCUUCGCGGGCGUCCACAAUUACUCGGGGGCCAUCGCUAUCCGACUCUUCCUGGGUGUAUUCGAGGCAGCCGUUACACCCGGCUUUGCCUUGCUAACUUCACAGUGGUACACCAAGAGAGAACAAGGCAGCCGAGUCAACAUCUGGUUCAGCUUCAACGGCGUCGGACAAAUGUUCGGCGGUCUCAUCGCAUACGGUAUCGCCGUCGGAACCCGAAAGUACGGCUCCUCAAUCGAACCCUGGAAAAUCGUCUUCCUCGUCACAGGCCUCAUGACAAUCGCACUGGGCCUCGUCUUCCUAUGGAUAAUCCCCGACAGCCAACUGAACGCCCGCUGGCUCAAAAAGGAAGACCGCAUCCUAGCCAUCGCCCGCGUUCGCGAGAACCAGCAAGGCAUCGGCAACAAGCAUUUCAAACUAUACCAAGUCAAAGAAGCCCUCAUGGACCCAAUGACCUGGGCCUUCUUCCUCUACGCUCUAGUCGCGGACAUUCCCAACGGCGGUCUGAGUAAUUUCUUCAGCCAAAUGAUCACCAGUUUCGGCUUCUCAAAAGAAGAAAGCCUAAUCAUCGGCGUCCCAGGCGGCGCCGUCGAAGUCAUCGCCCUCCUCCUAAACGGCUACAUGGGCCACAUAACCAACCAACGCGUCCUCUGCAGUUUAGGCGGCCUAGUCGCCGCCUUCGUCGGCAUGGUCCUAAUCGUCGCCCUGCCAGAGUCAAACAACACCGGCCGAUUAAUCGGAUACUACCUAACUCAAGCGAUCCCAACCGCCUUCGUCGCACUCUUAUCAAUGGUCUCAUCCAAUGUCGCGGGCUACACGAAGAAAACUACCGUGGCAGCGCUCUACUUGAUCGGAUACUGUGUCGGAAACAUAAUCGGCCCACAGACAUUCCGCCCACAGGACGCGCCGCAGUACCUCCCCGCCGAAAUCACCAUCCUCGUGUGUAUCGGCGUCGCGCUGAUGAUCAUGCUUUUCAUUUACUGGUGGUAUGUGAAGGAGAACAAGCGCAAGUUGGCGAUCCAGUCCAGGCCGGAUUAUGUGCGUCUUGAGAAUCAGGAAUUCUUGGAUCUUACGGAUCGUGAGAAUCCGGAUUUCCUUUACUCGCUGUGA